AUGCAACCUCUAUCACCUUGUGCUGUAGUGAUUACUGGUCAUUUAGGAUUUGGUGGAUUAAAACCAAAGUCCGAUAAACCUUCUUUUAAUAACUCAUCUCCCUCAACUGCUUCUUCUCAUCAAAAAUCUUCUAGAAUUGUUCAAUCACUUUUAUCCUCUGUUUUACAAUUGGCUUCAAAAGUUUUAACUCCAAAUAACACAACCAAUACAAAUACUUUGGUUACUGUAUUACCUAACGGAAAAACCGCAACUGCUGCUGUAACUACAACAGUUGCUAGUACGACCGAAUCCCCAACUUCUUCUCAUUCUACUACAUCACAUUAUUCUACUGCCGUAUCAAUAUUAACACCUACAAACACUACUACUACAAUUCAUUAUUAUAAAUCAAAAUCAUUACCAUAUCCAAGAAAUGGUAUUAUUAUGAAUACACAACCUGUAAAUUUAAGAAGGAAAGGAAUUCCUAUACCAUUAUAUAAUCAUUAUGGCAAUAAGGAUAAAUUAUAUAGACGAAGAUCAUGUCAUCGCCAUAGUCAUCAUGGUGAUGGAAAAAAUCAUAAUAAAAAGUUGGAUUUAGAACGGACAAAAGAUGAUGAUAUAUUAUUCGGGCCAAUAAACAAAAUUAAAAAAAUGGAUUUGAAUUCAAUCCUUGAAUCAAUAAAUUCUACAGAAGAUGAUGAUGAAAAAUUUUACGAAAAUUUAUAUGAGAUACUUGAAAAUGCCCAAAAGAAAUUUUAUCAAUUAUCUACGGCUUACAAUAUCCUGACGAAUGAAGCCGAACGCUCUCAAUACGACAGAUGGCGUACAGGAUCAAUCAAGAUUCCUUACAAGAUGUGGAAAGAAAUGGUUAUGAAACGGGGUCAUACUGUUCAUUGGACAACGCCACCAAAACAACCACUAAAAAUAACUGACUCUUUAGAUACAGAAACUUUUUCUAAUCAAGCUUAUAAUAAUAAUUCAUAUAUUCAACAUAAUACUUCUAAAUUUGGAAGUAAAA